AUGGAGGGCUACAGUAUUGGUAAAGGGGUCAGUCUGCUGUGUGAAUCAAAUAACUGGUGGCCUGAACCUGAAGUUGUGUGGCUGGACAAUGAUGGAAACCUCCCUGCUGAAGAUACAGAGACACUCGGUGACCCAGAAAGAUUCCAUGUUAAAAAACGUGUCACUGCACAGGACGGUAACACCAACAGGUUCUACUGCAGAGCAAUGCUGAGAGACCAUAUGAAGGAGGCAGUGAUUGUCAUCUGGAAGGAUGUGACUCUGGAUCCUGAUACUGCUCAUCCCAAUCUCUUCCUGUCUGAUGGUGGAAAACAAGUGAUGCAUGGAAACAAACAACAAGAUCUCCCUGACAACUCUAAGAGGAUUACCAACCGGUUCAGUGUCCUGGGAAAGGAAGGGUUCUCCUCAGGGAGAUUUUACAAUGAGGUGCAGGUCAGCGGGAAAACUGAGUGGGAUAUAGGAGUGGUCAAAGAGUCAGUUAACAGGGAGAGGUUUAUUACACUGAGCCCUAAGAGUGGAUUCUGGACCGUGUGUCUGAAGAAUGAUCAGUUUCAGGUUGUUGGUCCAGAUGGUCCUCUUGUUGUUGGGGCUGGAGAAGAUCUGAUUCUGCCCUGUUCUCUCAAACCCAACAUCAGUGCUGUGGACAUGACAGUGGAGUGGUUUAAACUCCAUACAUCAGAUUUACUGCUGCAUUUAUAUGAGGGUGGAGCUGAAAGUAAAAAUCAGAUUCAGUCUUACAGAGGGAGGACAUCACUGUUUAAAGAGGAACUACAGAAAGGCAACGCUUCAUUAAAACUCUCCAGAGUGAAGACCACUGAUGAAGGAGAAUACAAAUGUGUGGUCCGGUCUGAAAACUGGAUUGAUGAUAUUGCAUUCAGUGUCAGCGUUGCAGCUGUGGGAACCUACCCUGUGAUCUCUAUGGAGGGCUACAGUACAGAUGGGGGACUUCAUCUACUGUGUGAAAUUAAAGGCUGGAACCCUGAACCUGAAGUUCUGUGGCUGAACAGUGAUGGAAAGCUUCUCCCUGCUGAAGAUACAGAGACACUUAGAGACACAGAAAGUUUCCAUGUUAAAAAACGUGUCACUGUACAGGACAGUGACACCAACAGGUUCUACUGCAGAGUAAUACUGAGAGAUCAUAUGAAGGAGACAGGGAUUGUUAUAUCAAGUCAAGUUUUUCAUACCUGGAGAAGACAUAUCAUCUGGAUUUCAGUAUUAGUUUUAUUUAUUGAGAAACAGAAGCAAAUUGAUGAAGUGGAUGUGACUCUGAAUCCUGAUACAGCUCAUCCAAAACUCAUACUGUCUGAUGAUGGGAAAAAAGUGAGAGAUGGAGAAACACAACAGAAACUCCCUGACAACCCAGAGAGAUUUAAUUAUUGGCUCAGUGUCCUUGGAAAGGAGGAGUUCACCACAGGACGAUUUUACUAUGAGGUGCAGGUCAGCGGGAAGACUGACUGGACUUUAGGAGUGGCCACAAAAUCAGUCAACAGGAAGGAGUUCUCUACAUGGAGCCCUGAGAAUGGAUACUGGACUAUCAGUCUGUGGAAUAGGAAUGAGUAUAAGGCUCUGGCUGAUACCCCAGUCCUCCUCUCUCUGAAACAGAAACUCCAGAGGGUGGGGGUGUUUGUGGAUUAUGAGGAGGGUCUGGUCUCCUUUUAUGAUGUGGAGGCCAGAUCUCAUAUCUAUUCUUUCACUGAUCAAAUUUUCACAGAGAUACUCUGUCCAUACUUUUGCCCCUGGCCUAAUGAUGGAGGUAGAAACUCUACUCCAUUGAUCAUUACUCCUGUCAAUCACACUGAAUGA